CCCCGCGCGAAGAUGUCUCAGACGCUCAAGCUGGCCUCGAAGGCAUCCUUGCUCGCGAAGCUCUUUCCUGAGCUGUGGGUGGAGUCGGUCUUCGGCGCGCGAUCGCGGGUCCUCAAAGCCCACAAGACUCUGGAGGAGAUGCCGGGACCCAGCGCCCUCGGCUUCCUCACCGACCUCUUCUGCAAAAGAGGGCUGUCGCGACUGCAUGAACUCCAGAUUGAAGGCAAAACGAAAUACGGCCCCGUGUGGAAGGCGAGUUUCGGGCCCAUCCUCACAGUCCACGUUGCAGAUCCCAGUCUGAUCGAGCAGGUGCUAAGGCAGGAAGGCAAGCACCCCAUUCGCUCCGACCUCUCCUCCUGGAAGGAUUACCGGGUGUGCCGAGGCCACGCGUACGGGCUGCUUACGGCGGAAGGCGAAGAAUGGCAGCAGAUCCGCAGCAUCCUAGGAAAACACAUGCUGAAGCCCAAGGAGGUGGAAUCUUACACUGGCACCCUGAACGAGGUGGUCAGUGAUCUGAUCUGCCGCCUGCAGCACCAGAGAAAUCUCCAUGAGCGACACGUGGUCAAGAAUGUGGCCGACGAAUUCUACAAGUUUGGAUUGGAAGGUAUUUCUUCAGUCCUCUUUGAAUCCCGCAUUGGCUGCCUGGAACCCAAAGUUCCAGAAGAAACAGAAAAAUUCAUUAGCUCCAUCAAUACCAUGUUUGUCAUGACCCUGCUUACAAUGGCAAUGCCCAAGUUUUUGCACCAAAUCUUUCCUAAGCCAUGGCAGAAGUUCUGUGAAUCUUGGGACUAUAUGUUUGAGUUUGCCAAAGGACACAUCGAUAAGCGGAUGGCUGACAUUUCAGAAAGAAUCAUCCAAGGGGAGAAAGUUGAAGGAAAAUACCUGACUUACUAUUUGGCACAAGAAAAACUUCCCUUGAAAUCCAUCUAUGGAAAUGUGACCGAGCUUCUGCUGGCCGGUGUGGACACGAUCUCGAGCACCUUGUCCUGGAGUCUGUAUGAGUUGUCCCGUCACCCUCAGACACAAGCGGCCCUCCAUAAGGAAAUUACCACCGUGAUGCAGGACAACCUCAUUCCCACAGCAGCUGAUGUAGCUCAGAUGCCUCUGCUGAAGGCAGUGGUGAAGGAGGUCAUGAGGUUGUACCCAGUGAUUCCUGGCAAUGCGCGUGUCGUCUCAGACAGGGACAUCCUAGUGGGAGACUAUAUCAUCCCUAAGAAGACCCUGAUAACCCUCUGCCAUUAUGCUACCUCUCGAGAUGAGAAGUACUUCUCCGACCCCAACUCCUUCCAGCCUGAGCGAUGGCUGCAGAAGAAUGGUUCACAUCACCCCUAUGCCUCCAUUCCAUUCGGCUUUGGCAAGCGCAGUUGCAUUGGCCGACGCAUUGCAGAGCUUGAAGUAUAUCUAGCACUGUCCAGGAUCCUGAUGCAUUUUGAAGUGACACCCGAACAGGAGGGGCAAAUAGUAAACCCCAUGACGCGGACCCUGCUUGUGCCAGAGAAGGAGAUCAAUUUGCAGUUUCUGAGUCGUUAAAACGGGACAAGACAAGGAAAAACCAUUGACUUACGCUCCCUUUCAGUGCGCAACUGGAGCUUCAGAGCUUCACUGUAUAGAAUCUGGCAGCCCACCCGUUGGAAUUCUUGAUGUCAGCUUGAAAAGACAAGAAGAGGGAGAAGACCCAUGUUGCUGAGCAAGGUCAGCUCCAGAGAGAUCCCCUCUGCAAUUCUGGGAUGUAGACAGUUCAAAAUGAUUCCUUCAUCCAGACCAUUUCCCAGUCUCCAUCUGCUUAGGGUAUGAAAAAGACCCUAGACACAAGCCAAACUCCAUUUCAAAUCUCCACCACAAGGAUAACACAAACUGCUAAAAGGAAAUAAGAGUGUGGUUUCCUGAACUCAGGGUUUUGAAUGAAAAGAAUUUCUAUGAUUUAUAUCCAUAGCUGUAAUCAGAAUACCUCCACUGCUGGGAAGACAAAGUGGAUGUACCAUAUUUAGAACUUUGGGAAUGGAACAAUUAAUUAUGCAUCUAGGUUCCUUAUUACUGUUAUUAUUGCCAUGCUAAUUUUUAAUAUUUAAUGCAUUUCUCAACAUAUUUAUAUUUUUCUAGCUUAUAAUUUAUAAAUAUAGAAAUGUUGUUAUCAGAAGCUGUCAGAAAGAAAGAACAUUUAUCUUCCCAAAUGAAGUAAGGUUUUCUGUAUUUUGAAAUGGUUGUACCGAAGUCGUUUCUGUAAUCAAAAUGGAUCAAGUCCAUUUGGUGCUAUAUUUAUUUUUACCUUUGAA